AACGCAUGGUCUCCUGCUAUCUAGACUGGACAAUCCUCAACCUGAACUAUCGACCCUGGAUGGUCUCCCCUGCGGGAGUUAUCACACCGUGCUCUGCAAUUUGACUCGUUGAACUGGACCUGCAGUCCCCGCCAUCCUCACUAUGCAGGCGCCAUCGUAGGAACUGCCCAUACCCUCAGUCUGGCACUCAAAAACUCUUGCCAACCCUCCUGAUUCACGGUGGCUUGUGUUUCGAUGAGAAUCCUUUCUGAUGCCGUCUGGCUCUCUCGGUAACUCGAACUGAAACAUUCGAACAGGCUUUUGGGAGCUUUGACUGGAGCGCAUAGACUCUUGGUCUUCGUUCUUUUGCCGCUUGCUUACCUUCCUCCUUUUGUCCUUGCGCCCCUCGCGGCUCGCAAUCCCAUUCAGACAAUAUGCAGACCUUCGAGGUGUCAAUAUCGCGCUGCCUGGCAGCCCUGACGCUGCUCUCGCUCAGUCUCGUCAACGCCCAUAGUAUCAUCACCUACCCUGGGUAUCGGGGUAACAACCUGCACACGAACGGCACGGUUCAGCAGACCAACGGAUUGGGCGUGGCGUGGGAGAAUGGCUCCUACGUCUAUCCCUAUGGAAUGCAAUGGAUCUACCCAUGCGGUGGUAUGCCCACGUCGACGAACCGGACCAAAUGGCCUGUUAACGGUGGCGCUAUCGCUCUCCAGCCGGGCUGGUUCCAGGGUCACUCAACGGCCUUCAUGUACAUCAACUUGGGUAUCGGGACGAUCCCCGAAAACAUGAGUCUUCCCAUGGUCUCGGUUUUCGAGAUUACCGGCCCCAGCAACAACCCCUACCCGGGCACGAUCUGUUUGCCACAGGUGCCCUUGCCGGCCGAUAUGACCGUCAAGGCGGGAGACAACGCCACCAUUCAGAUCGUCGAGGUGGCGAAACAUGGAGCAGCUCUAUACGAUUGCGUGGAUAUCACCUUUGCCGAGGACGAUGAGGUCGCCGAGGUCACCAAGGACAACUGCUUCAACUCGUCGGACAUCGGGUUCAAAUACGUCUUCGCGUCUACCUCGUUGACGGCCACUAGCGCCGCCUCGCACGGUUCAAACAGCCCGGUGAUGGUGUCAGUUCUGCUGGCAGCGGCCUUGGGUGCAUGGAUUUUAUAACAGGCUGAGUUGCUAGCAUCUG